CAUAUAAAUAUACAAAACACAAAUAACCAAAAAAAUAUUGAACGAAUCCUUAGGAUUUCACGCUCUUCCUCUUGUUUUCCUUCUCUUCCUCUUCUUCUUCUUCUUCUUCUUCCUUCUUCCAUUUUCCCUUUUCAAACUUCCCGCAUUAAUUUAACUGUUUGUUACCCUUCCCCCUCUUCCAUUUCACCCCUUUUCGACGUUUCUCAAUCCAUUCACCGCCGGCGAACUUCUCUCCCACUCUUUUUCCCAUCUGGGUCUCUCUCCGCCGGCGGAUUCCUCCACCCCAUGUUGCCCUUUCACUCCCUCUCCGCCGCUCAGGCCUCCCUUGGCCGGAAUCUCACUUUCUUUGAGACCCUUUGGUUUAAUUACUCCCAUGACAAGUCUGAUUACUUCCUCUUUUGCCAUAACAUUCUCUUCCUUUUCUUGAUUUUCUCCUUUAUUCCCCUUCCCCUUAUCUUCCUUGAGCUCUUGCAUGCUUCUGGGAUUCGUAAGUACAAAAUUCAGCCCAAGGUUCGAUUGCCAUUCAACGAGAUCUUCCGGUGCUACAAGGAUGUUAUGCGUAUGUUCUUUCUUGUUGUUGGCCCGCUUCAGCUCGUUUCAUUCCCUUCCAUUAAGAUGAUUGGGAUCAGAACGGGUCUACCAUUGCCUUCUGGGUUUGAAAUUGUUUCUCAAUUGGUGGUGUAUUUCAUGGUGGAGGAUUAUACCAAUUAUUGGAUUCAUAGAUUCCUCCAUUGCAAAUGGGGGUAUGAGAAAAUCCAUUGUGUUCACCAUGAAUACACUGCUCCUAUUGGAUUUGCAGCUCCUUAUGCUCAUUGGGCUGAGGUUUUGAUCCUUGGAAUUCCCUCUUUUCUUGGUCCAGCUAUGGUUCCUGGUCAUAUGAUCACCUUCUGGUUAUGGAUUGCUUUGAGGCAGAUUGAGGCCAUUGAUACACAUAGUGGGUAUGAUUUCCCUUGGAGUCUAACAAAAUUUAUACCAUUUUACGGUGGUGCGGACCAUCAUGAUUACCAUCACUAUGUUGGAGGGCAAAGCCAUAGCAACUUUGCUUCAGUAUUUACCUACUGUGAUUAUAUUUACGGAACUGACAAGGGGUAUCGUUAUCAAAAGAAGAUCCUUCAGAAGUUGAAGGAAGAAGUGAAGAACAGCGAAGAGUCGUCAUACUACAACACAGCUCAAAAUGUUAAAUCGGACUAGGCGAUUCAUAUUUUGAAGGAUGCGUAUUUUUUGGGUCGGUAGCAACGUGUUACGUUACAUGAUCUCUGAUUUGAAGUUUACUUGGUCGGGGACCGUAUCAUCAAGGAGGUAGUUAGGGAGUGGAAUGGGAUGGAAAUUAACAUGGGGUCUAUAAAAAAGUUUGUGUUUUUGUUUUUGGUUAGCUUAAUCUUCAGGGCUCAGAAUUCAGAUUCUCCGAUGGUGUGGUUUAACCUUAUUGUGCAGACAAAACUCCUAAUAUAUAUAAAUAUGUAUUCUGCUUGUGAA